GCAGAAAGAAAAAGCUAUAAACUCACCAAACCAACUAAAAAUAAACAAUUAUAGUUCAAUGCACUUAUUUUCACGAAAAGAUCAUUCUUCCAAAUUGAUGGAUUUCGAAGAAAAGCGUAUCACCUCAAGUUGUGAUAAAUGUGGAUUGAAAUUUGAACCCGUCAGCAAUAAUGUUUACAAAGAAGGAAGCCAUUUGUGUGAUUUUUGUUAUUACCUCAAUUCAAUCAAGGUAGAACAAACUGUGAAUGCUAAAAAGUUUGAGUGUGAAAUUUGCCAUAAAAAGUUUUCACAAAUAGGAGGUUUAAACCGUCACUAUCUUACUCAUAGUGAAGAGAGGAAACAUGUUUGUGAUCAUUGUUCAAAAAGUUUUAAAACUAAAUGUUCUCUUAAUCGACAUUAUCGUAAACAUACAGGUGAGAUUAAGCCAGAGCUUAUUUGUAGGGUAUGCCAGAGAAGUUUUAACACUAAGCACCAUUUAAAUCGACAUUUUUCUACUCACACUGGCGAGAAACCACAUACUUGUGAAAUAUGUGGCAAGGGUUUUAUCACCAGCACUCAAUUAAAACAACACUUUUUUAAUCACACUGGAGGUAAAUUUGAAUGUCUUGUUUGCAACAAAAAAUUUACCACUAACACUAGGUUGAAUCUUCACUAUCGGGUGCAUACUGGGGAAAAACCUUAUGUGUGUGAAGAAUGUGGAAAAGCUUUUCCUCUAAAACCAAAUCUUGACAAGCACAACCUUAUCGUGCAUAUAAAACGAAAGCAUUUUUGUGAUGUCUGCAAUAAAGGAUUUUGUUCAAAGCAAUACUUAACUGAGCAUUAUUAUACACAUACUGGUGAAAAGCCUCACAAUUGUGACGUGUGUAAUAAGCAGUUCAGAUCAAAACGAUAUUUAAAACAACAUUUGUUAAAUCAUGCUGGAGUAAAACCACAUAUCUGUGAUAUUUGUAAUAAGUGUUUUGGCCGAAAAGACCAUUUGUUAUCGCAUAAGUUUGUGCAUACAAAUGGAAAACCUUUUGUAUGUAGUAUUUGUAAUAAAGGCUUUACAAGGAAAACAAGGUACAAUAAGCAUGUCCAUUUACAUUCCAAUUUGAAAUAAACUAUGUACACUUCUACUAAAAGCUUUCAUCUGCUUGUCUUAUAUACUAUAUUUUUAUAUGGUUGUGCAAAAAACAAAUCAAAAUACAAUUUCUGUAAAUCCUUAAUGAUUUUUUACUUUAUUAGACUUUGUUUUCUUGGGACCCUUUAAAAAAAAUUUUUAUUCUAAUACCCAAAAGAUAAUUGAUAACAUCAAAAUCCUAUUGUAUUUUUUUCCUUGUCUGUUAAAACCCCCUUUUUUUUAAUGUCAUGUAUAAGAAGAGAGCUUAAAUACUUUUUAUAUGAAUAA